CCAGGUGACAAUUUUCCAUGUGAGGACAAGAAGCAUAGAGAACGAAGCAUCGCUUACAACCAGUUUCAGCGUAUUUUGUUCUUCCUUUUAUUUAAAAAAAGUUUGUGCUGUUGCCAACAGUGUUGGACUAUUGGUUCAUUUAAUUUGAACUAAGCAUGACCUUUCUGCCGAAGGCUUCCGAGAGGCACAAUCUCAUCCAGGAUGAAUCCAAAACGUAUCUAGUGGCACUGCUAAGUUCAACAGAGGAUAUUGAAGAUACACCAAGCGUUGUCGAUGCUUGGCAACCUACCGCUCACUGCCACGGCAAUGACAGGAUUCCAUGGACAAGAAGCAAUGAAAAACAGGUGGCCAAAAGAAAGCUCAUGAUUACUUGUGCCGUCAGCCUAUUAUUCAUGAUUGGAGAGGUGAUUGGUGGGUAUGCAGCCCAUAGUCUGGCUAUAAUGACAGAUGCAGCACAUCUCCUCACAGACUUUGGCAGCAUCAUGGUUAGCCUCUGCUCCUUGUGGCUAUCAUCCAGACCAGCCACCAAAACCAUGAAUUUCGGAUGGCAUCGCUCAGAGAUCCUGGGUGCGCUGCUGUCAGUGCUCUCCAUCUGGGCUGUCACUGGGGUACUGGUGUUCAUCGCUGUACAGAGAAUUCUCAAUGACGACUACGAGAUCAACAGCUAUGCUAUGCUCAUCACCUCUGGCUGUGCAGUGGGUGUCAACAUUUUGAUGGCCCUGAUCCUCCACCAAUCGUCCUCGCACGGCCACGCUCAACAUGGCCCUCACGGAGGCCAGGGCAACACCAGUGUGAGGGCGGCCUUCAUCCAUGUGGUGGGAGACUUGCUGCAGAGUGUUGGUGUACUCGUGGCAGCCAUCACCAUUCACUUCUGGCCUGAGUUUAAGAUAGCUGAUCCUGUCUGCACCUUCUUGUUCUCCUUUUUCGUUCUGGGAACCACCGUCACCAUCUUGAAAGACGUCUGUAGAAUACUCAUGGAAGGGGUCCCCAGAGGUGUGGACUUCAACAUGGUGAGAGAGCUGCUCCAGUCCCUGGGAGGAGUCAAGGCAACACACAACCUCCACAUGUGGGCCCUCACCACCACUCAUUCUCUGCUGUCAGUCCACCUGGCUGUUGAAGAGGAUGCCAAUCCACAGGUAGUCCUCAUGGAGGCAACGAAACUCCUGCAGUCUGAGUUUGGCUUCUCCAGCAUCACCAUCCAGGUCGAGAGGUUUUCAGAGGACAUGGCCAUCUGCUCACGAUGCCAGGACCUCACAGACUGAAACUGACUGGGGGAGAGAGUACUCUCCUGGUUCCAAUGUUGUCCAAAUGAAGUCUUUGAAGAGGCAUUGAAAUAUGAAUUUAAUAGUAGCAUGUAGAAAUAUUAUGAAUUUUAUAUAUUUAUUACAUGUAGUGUAAAAUGGGUGCGUAAAAUGAGUCUUUGUUAGAGGUGUGAGAUGUGUGGGAAAGCUCCUGGUUCAAUCAAUAUUGGUUUUUACUGUCCAAGAUAAUGGACGGGCAAGGUUGAUUCCUAGGCCUGGUGAAAGGUCAAGUAUUUUUUUGUGCUAUGAUGUACUUAAAGCCUGCCUAACUUAGUUCAUGUCUGUGUCUAAAUCAAUCAGCAGACCGACACCAAUGACACAGUAAAACAAUGUGCCCUAUUUAUUGUUUCAACAUAGCCAUGAGUGGGUUCCAAUAAGUAAAUAAAAUGCAGACGUUUCACUACACAAUAAA